AUGAAUAAUGACAAUAAUUGUCAUAUAUUCGAUUUUGAUAGAUUACCUCUUUUAAUAUUGUCAAAAAUAAAUAGUUUUUUAUCAGAUAAUCAAGAUAGAAUAUGUUUUAGUUUAGUUUGUAAAAGAUGGUUUAAAGAUAGAGAUUCUUAUCUUUGGUUUAACAGUGACUACCUAUCAAUAGAUUCAAAAGAUAAUUUAAUCAAUAACAGCUAUAGGAAUGUAAUAUCUCGAUCCUACAUCGAAAAGUCAAAUGUAUCUCUUUGGGUUGGUUUCGAGGCAAAGAAUAGAUUAAGCUUGAAGAACACUGAUAUUCUUUGUGAUGAUCAAUCAGAUUACUAUAUACCAAAUGAAGUCAGUGACUUAACCAUCCACUACGCUAUAAAGAAAUUUUUAUAUAAUGAAUGUUUCUUAAAGAAAUUAGAGUGCUCCAAUGUUAAAUUCUUGGAAGAAUUUACCAAUCAGGGUGAAUGUAAAGCUGAUCGAUUACCGACCAACUUGAAAGAACUUGCAAUUUCCAAUACUGCAUUAUUUCCACUGCUACCAUUCUCAUCUCUGACAGCGCUGAAUAUUAACCUUUUAAUGGCAGAACGUAACAACAAACCAAUUAAAACAAGUAGCUUACCAAAGACAUUGAAAUCACUGACACUAGGUCGUAAUAUAAAGCUUGAAUUCGAUGCAACUCUUCCAAGUCUAGAGGUUCUAAUUCAAAGGGAUCUUCACCUCAACAGGGGCUAUGAGAUUAAAGAUUUGACCAUGUCGACGAUGCCCAAACUCCGUAAAAUAUCGGUCAGCCCUGAAUGGUCACCAAUCAUAUCAAAACUAUCGACUCCUACCAUCACAACUAUGGUUGUCCACCAAAGUCAAGAUAUUGUUCAUGAUAUACCGGACAGUUGGGCUUCAGAUAGACCUAUGAGACUGAUAGAAAAUUCACUUCCAAACACACUUUGCGAACUCUAUCUCAACAAACGAUACGACAAAGAUUAUAGUUAUAUAUCAAUUGGAUCGAUUCCAAACUCUGUUGAAUUGGCAAGCAUCUCAGAAAAGAUACCGCCAUCAGUUACUCAUAUAUCUGGUUUUGUUGAGUUUUUCAAAGCGAAUCCGAUUGGUGAACUCCCAGCAACGAUCACCACAAUCAGUAUUACCAACAUAAUGAAACUUAGAAGAAUUACAAAUGACCUCUUUUUGAUGAUGUGUCACAAUGACGAAUCUAAAUUCUAUUUUAUUGAUCAGUCAUUACUUGCAGAUAGAAUUAAUCGCAGAAACCCAUUUGAUAUAUUUUAA